GCCGUCUCAGUGAUCCGGGGAGCGCAAGCCAAGGCGGUUGUGCGUUAACGCCGCAGUUGGUUAUUGUGAAUCUAUAGUGGUGUGUUGAACAGAAAUGGCAACUGAAAUGGAAUCUGCUUCUGAUAUGAAUGAUGCUGGCACACAGCUUUUGGAAGAAGAAAAACGUCCUACAGUUUUGCCGUUAGAAACAGCAAAAAAAGCGAAACCAGCUGGCGCUGAGCAAGACGAUGGAGCGACGGAAAAGCUAGUCUCGAAUGAAAAAAUUAACUCCAAUAAAGAUGCUUCCGAAGUAAAGUUCUUGUCGGCAGAUUCACAGAAUGGAGACGCGAAGAUUGACAUUGAAAAUCUAAAGCUAGCUUUCACUGGGAUGACGAAGGAAGAAUUGAUGAAAUUUGCAAAUGACCCUUUUUGGAUCCGUUUGAGAUGGCUGCUUUUCGUCCUGUUUUGGCUUUUAUGGGUAGCUAUGCUAGCAGGUGCGAUUGCGAUUAUUGUGAUGGCCCCGAAGUGUGCACCACCGGCUCCACUGAAAUGGUGGGAAGAAGGCCCGCUGUAUGAAAUUUACGUCAGGUCAUACAAAGACGGUGGCGUGGACCAGGAUGGUAUAGGGGACCUCAAAGGUGUGACUUCAGAAGUAAAGUACGUUGACGAACUGGAUAGCACAGGCAUAAUUUUAUCAUCUAUUUUCAAGUCAGAUAAUCAGGAUCCCAAUGCUGUUGAAAGUUUCACAGAAGUAGAUCCAAUAUAUGGGUCACUGGAAGAUUUUAAAGAACUCCUAUCAGCAGUUAAGAACAGGAGUUUGCACUUGGUACUAAAUUUUAUACCGAAUCACACCAGCAAGAAACAUCCUUGGUUUAUUGCAUCAGAAAAUGGUAGUGACAUCUACAGUGAUUAUUACGUGUGGGCUCCAAGCAAAGGACAGAAUGAUGAUGGAGAAAUACCACCUAAUAAUUGGGUCAGUGUUAAUGGUGGAUCAGCAUGGGAGUGGAGCAGCAAACGAGGGAUGUUUUACUUGCAUCAGUUUGGUAAAGAUGAGCCGGAUCUAAACAUGAGGAAUCCGAAAGUUGUUGCUGAAAUAAAGAAAGUGCUGCAGUUCUGGUUGGAACUUGGUGUUAGUGGAUUCCAGUUAGAAAAGGUGGAGUUCCUGCUAGAAGAUGAAGAGCUGAAAAAUGAAACUCCAUUACCUGUUCCAAGUGAUGCCACCCAUUUAGAUUGGGACUUCUACACACAUCUCCAUACAACUAAUCUUCCUGGGAUAGUAGAUAUACUCACUCAAUGGAAGGAAGUCAUUACAAGUUAUGGUGAUGACAGGAUUCUUAUGGUCAAAGGAAAUGCGUCAAAGAAUGCACUGCAUCAAUACGCUAAAAAUAAUGGCACAGAUUUAGUGGAUUUGGUACAGCCGACAGAAACUUUCACUCUUCUGAAGGAAGGAUUUACUGCUGAUGAUUUGAAUGACAUUGUGAAGAAAGUUUUGGACAGCAGUAACACCGGAAAUACCGGACGUCCUGUCUGGCAGUUAUCGGGUGGACACAGCGAACGUAUUGCUACACGUGUUUCGAGAGAAGCUGUGGAUGGCCUUACCAUGCUUGUUAUGCUAUUGCCGGGAACACCAAUUACCCUGUAUGGAGAUGAAUUAGCAAUUGAAGGAACAAGUAACAUAUCAAUGCCCUGGAACAACUCGUCACAAACCGGGUCUUCACAAGCAUCUUCUGCAGGUGAUACUGGUAGCAUUAGUUUUGAUACCAUUGCAUCAUCUCAGCUGACUGAUAGAAGUCACUUGAACCUGUAUAAAGACUUAGUGAAGCAGCGUGAGUCACCAUCUAUAAUGUAUGGCUCCUGUGACACAUCGGUCAUAAAUGGCACAGUGUUUGUCAUGACAAGAAUUAAAAGUGGCAACCCGGGAAUCUUGGUUGCCUUCAACCCCAGCAGUAACAAUGUUACUGUCAAUUUGAACAGUAUUGAUAACAUAUCAGAAGAAUUGACUGUGCAGUUACAAAGCUCUAAUUUUGUGCAUGAUACCGUCAGACUGAAGUCAAAGAUAGAUACUGAUGAAGUUCCAUUGCCUGCAAAAGCUGCAUUGGUUCUCAGUUUUGUUCCGAAGCUGACCUCCUAAAUGCACCCUGACAACUGUCAUUAAAACAGUGGAUUUUAAUUUAUUUGUAUGCUAGCAUAGUAUUUAAAAUUUGACCUGCUCUCAGUAUUUUAAUAACUGUAACACACAUGGUGAAUGAUUUCAUGUAGCCACUUGAGAUUGUCCAUAAACAUUGGCAUUUUUCAGCUUGGUAAACUAAUACAA